AUGAAGUUCAUUCCCGAAGAAGGAAAACGCCUUCAUGAGGAUUGCUCCACUUUGAUUUUGCCUGCUGUUUCUAUAGGAAAUGUUGGACAACUAACAGCAGACCUUUUUGUUUCAUCAAUGGAUUCUGAGAGAGUUGGUUACUUAGACAAUCCUUACGUUCUCCCUUGUGUUGGAAAUGACGCUUAUGGCCCACUUCCUCAAGGAGACCUUGCACUUCCUCUUGAAGUUUAUGAUUCCCCUUCUAAUGCUCUCACUAUUAUCCAGCAGAGAUCCCCUGUAAUUAAGGGUAUGAUGCUCAAGUUUGCAAAAAACAUGGCUGAUUUUCUUGCUGAAAGCGGAAAGAAGCAUAUUAUUCUUCUCUCCAGCUUAGAUUUUGGAAAAUGGCAAAAGGUCGACAUGUCAAGUGGUUUGCAGAUUUAUUACCUAUCUAGUGCCAACAACAAUGGAACAGAUGAAAAUUGUGAACAGCUUGGGUGGAAGAAGCUUCAAGAGUACGACCCUUCUCAAACGCAUUGGAAAUAUCUUAUUGAUUUAGCUGAAGGAAAUGCAACUCGGGAAGAUAUUAUUUCUCUAGAAGAUGAACUAGAAGAAGAAAAUUAUUAUGCUAGCUUGCCUUUUGCUGCACUUUUUUCUUUUCUCAAGGCUAAAGGUUUGAAGGUCACCUGCUUGUUAUGUUAUUGCUCAGAAGGAGACAAUAUAUCUGAUGCUUUUCAAUUAGCCGAUGCAGCAUGCAAACUUCUAAAGCUGAGUCACCCUAAUUCUGGAAUUGAAGGUGGUAAAUGGCAAGUUCCACUUUCUUGGAUGACUGUAUAUGGACCACCUCCAGAUGUGUCCAUCUUCUAAGAUUAGUUAGGUUGAUGUAACUAGUAAUGUUAAAUGACAGUUGAAAAAAUGGAUAUUAUUGUCCAUCUUCUGUGGCUCUAAAAUUAGUUUUGUAUUUUCUUUUUUACUUGUAACAUGAAAGCUAGCACAAAGUUGCUUCUCCAAAAUCACAUCUGCAUUCAGUGUAACGUGUCACCAAACACGCUAUAAAUGUAUGUUUGAAAAUCUGGUUCUUCAAAGUAGAUGGAUUGGCUCAAAUAUAUGUUUGCAGUCA